UAAAUGUGUGCAAAAUACCAUCAAUUUCAUAAUCUAAACUAUGAGCUCGUUUCUAUUUUUGUACUGGCUCUGCACUACCGGUAAUUUUGCUUAAACGUUUGAUUAUCGUAUCAUUCAACAAUUAUAUUCACAAUGUUAAGUUAAAUGUACAGUAAUUACAUCUCAUGCAUGUGCAUGUUGCAGCGAAGAAAGUUUUUAGUAAACCUUUUUUUUUACGAUUUUCGAUCGACGCUACGAGGGUUCGCUUUCAACUUCUUCGGCGCGACCGUGAAUUUCCAUGUAAGAAAAAAAAAAGAAAUGCGUGUUUUGCGUCCGACAACAGAAAGAGAAGGUGGGGCAAGGGAGGUACAUCGCGUGCGAAACGUAAUUUCUCCCUUUUUCGUGUGUUCUGUUACCAUAAAUGCGGAAUGAAAGACACUCGAUGCACGAUGCGUACGAGAAACGAUCGAUGGGAAUCGAUAGGAGACUUCUGAAAAAAAAAAGAAAAAAAACACCAUAUAGAAUGGUUGACAUGUAGCGCACGAAGCUUCGCAAUUAUUGUUUUCCCUUUCGCGAGCGCGAGCGUCUCUUUGCUCCCCCAUAUAUAUUAUUUGCAUCGCGAGACUUUGUUCAACUUCAUCGACCAAAACUGUUAAAGUAUACCGUUAGCUCUUUAAUACUUAAUUAUCCUUCUUUCAACUCUCCCCCACCCUCUUUCAACCACAAUUAUUACUACAGUGCGUGUCUUGCGAAUGCUAGGGAGGAGAAUGUUCAUCUAAAUAAUUUUAAAAGGACACGAAAUGUUUCGGCGAACUAUUUAUUGAACUUUCGGAGAAGUCCUCGAGUCUCAUGUCACUCGAUCAUAACGCACAAGAAGGAUGCAAUCGCACAAUCAACACUUGGCCAUCGCGCUAAAGCCGCGGAAGAGGAAGAAAGAUAAAUCCAAUCAGACGCUUGCAUCCAAAACCCAUUGGCCCAGGAUCACGAUAUCCCGUAGCAAAACACGCGACAAAUCUAAUGAUACCGAGAAGAGCUUACCACGAUUUGAUGAAUGUUCCACAAUUAUCGAUGCGAACGAUUCCAAUGUCAUCGCCUGCGACAUCGUCGAACUCUUCUGCGAGAACAGUGACAGUGGUAACGAAGAAAGGACGGCUUGUCCGCGGAUUUCCAGCUCGACGGAGCUCGAAGAUGAUGAGGUCGAUGUGUGCGCCACAUGCAAGGAUUGCGUGGAGUGUCAACUGCAGCAGCAGGAUAGCGUCACCGUUGCCGCGAAGAUACGCAAGACUGAAGAGGACCUGAUGAGCGACCAAGACGAAGAACUGGCGGAACAUCUGGAUUAUUAUGAGAGUGACAUCGGCGACGUAGAGACGGCCUCCACAUCGAGCACAGUCGCCUCGGCAGAGGCGAACGAAAAAGCACCAAUUCUCGUGGAUCUAACCAGCGAGGAGUCUAAGCAAGCUACCUGGAAACAGACAAUUUUAAAACGAUUCAGCAAAGCCGAAGAAAGCUCAGAAAUGUCGGAACCUCGCAUCAUGAUAGCCGACAGUUCUAGCAGAUUGCAGCAACGUGGUACGGGCAGCAGUUUGGCGACCGCCUUGAGGGAUCGUGGUCCUUGCGUGAUCCCCGUGCAGCCUAAUCGCUCUUUACCGAUCCGACCAGCGCCGCCGACACCGACGAGGUCAGCGUCGAUAGUAACGUUGCGGAAGACACGUUCGCCAAUUCUCAAGCUGUCGAAAUCCGCGAGCUUGGACGUGGUCGAGUUGCAGUCAAACGUAUCUCCGAGCAGCUGCUUGACGAGCGAGUUGAAUGAAUUCCCUUUCGGGCAGCAGGAUGGAAACGGAAACGGAAUGAUGCUUCCGGGCGAAUUCAUCGAUCGCUCGGACUACAUUUUUCCAGACAUGACUAAUGUCGUGCAGAUUACGAAAGAGGUCAAUAGCGUUAAAAGAAAAAAUAGCGAAGAUCGGGACAAGGAAUAUGAGAAAGAAAUUACCAAGGAUGUGAAGAAGCGGAGAAAAUCCCACGAAGUCGAAGCCGGCCAUGUACGCGACGAACGCGUUAAAAAUAUUUUAAAAGAGUAUUCCAAAACUUAUUCCGGUAAUUUGGCCGACAAAGGAGAAAGAAAAUUGCAGCAACAUGUAUUAGUGAGGCUGUGGGAUUCUCGUCUCGGGAUACCCGAUAAAAGAUACUCCUCACCGGUGGAGGUGUCAACGACGGAGCCAGAGGCAGAAAAGAAGGAAAUCUGUAACAAAGUCGUGCCACCAUUAAGACUGAAGAAGAUUGUGCGUGAAGCGAGCACCAUUGACGAAUAUCGACAUAAUAUCGAAGUGAACUCUGAGAUAGGAAGCGAGUCCAAUUAUCGCAUUGUCACCGGGGCCACGCCACGUCCGGAAUCUCCGUCCGGAUACUCCACUACUUCUUUCUGGAGCAGCGAAGCCUCGGAGAACGAGCUCGAAUCAUCGGACAACACGCAGGAUAAGAGUCGGCGAUCUUCGCCGAAGAGCGACGGCUACAAGAUCAAGUAUCGUCGCAACCGGUUGCGCCAGAAAUUGCGGGAACUUCGCGGGAAAGCGCUGGAGCUCUCGCGGGAGAUGACCGUGUGCAAUAAUGCCACCGACACGAGCCCGCAGCGCAACACCCGGCUGCGGCAGAUGAUGAAUUGCUACGAGAAGCAAAUCGAGAACAUCUCGAAGCUGCUAUGCAAGUUGUCCGCCUCCAUUCCGCCGACGACCGACGACGUCGUUGUUGAUCUUGACUAUGAGAACGAACUGAACGACGAGCGCACGUCAGCUGAGAAAAUUGCUGUUGACAGUGAUAUCGAGCAGAUGAAUGGAAUAUCCAGAAGCAGCGUUUCUCCGUCUCCUUCACCGGAACCACCGAAAUUGUCGCCGCGUUCUCCCAUCGACUACGAGAAAGGUAAAUCGCCCGACGCGAUGAGAGACAGUCCACCAGUAUUACCCAGAGUUUACAUAGCAAUCCAACCAACUGCUCUCGAAUGUCUGAAGCAAAAUUUGGUCGUCACCAAAAGCUGGCAUAAAGGCGACAGCUCGCCGAGCUCGCCAAUCGAAAAAGAAGUCAAGGUGAAUAAUACGGAUCAAACGAUAAUACACGAUGAUGUAACAAUGCCAGCUAUAUCUCCGGUUUCAUCGUCCGAGUUUGAAGAUCCGAAAAACAGUACGGCGGAGUGGAACGAAGAAGAAACUUUGUCGAAAAUGAAGAAUCCGGAAAUCGAGGAGAAAAUUCCGGAGGAUACUAAAACAUUUAGCGACGUUGAGGAACAUCGACAAACAACACCGACGAUGCCUUCGGACAACUUUCUGAAUUCGACAAUGGACCUUGAAAUAGAUGGAAGCGAAAUGAGAGACAUGAAAGAAAGACCUGUCGCUCAGGGACAUCUCGACGAAGUAACACAGGUUUCGGAAACCGAAAACAAACAAGUCGCCUGCGAGAAACAGAAGCUGGAACAGAAAUCGAACGAAGCUUUACCAUCUAAUCCAUCGAUCAUGGAGGAUACUAGGAAAACGAUGAAAUACAGAACUUACUCAGAAGAGAAAAUCAAUGUUAAGAAUAGAGUAGUCACGAGUACAGUUACAGCUGCACAAGAAGAGAUGGUCAGACAAGUACCCGCCGCCAAUGUGACUAACAUCUUGCAACUACAGUCGAAUUAUUACGGCUCGUCUGUCGCACGCGAGAACGUCGUCUUCACAGACGUCAUCCAAAAUUCGAGGGAGAAGGUAACAUCAAGCAUGAAUCAAUCUGCUGCCUUGGAUCCAGCAAUACCCUUGAAUUUUGCUCAAUCUAGAUCUACUGUUAGCAGCUCAAAUCAGCAAUGUAUCGUUCUGCCUAAUAGCAACAGAGUCACUCAGGAGAAUACCAAUCAGCGAAAUGACGGAAAUCGUAUUAUGACGGAGCAAUUUCCUACGCUGGGUAAUUGGGUAGCGCGAAUGUCGAAGAAACAAGCUACUAAAUCGAAAUCUAAAUUACAAUCUGGAAUAAGUUUACCAACUGCGUCAACGGCGGAGGUCGCUCGUGUUCCUGGAGUGGAGGCGCAAAAGAUCCGCUCAAAUGCACCAAGUAAUGCGACUCGAAACAACAUAGUCAACGUAGCGCCGCAAUGGAAUACGGAAAGGUGGCAGCGUCAGCAGUAUCAGCAACGUCAGCAACAAAUGUAUGCAUCAUCAGUUAUACCUCCAGUGAGACCGGGCAUCUGUCCACCUAUCUCAGUUACCCAGUUCUAUCCAUCGAAUUAUGCGAUCGAACCUUACGGUGCGGCUUUUGGCUACCACUCAGCGGUAUGUCCUUACGGCGAUUAUCCCUAUCAUUCACGUCUGCACGCUACCGCACCGCCAAUAAGCGGCUACCAAUUAGGUCCUUUGCAAGAUUCGCACGCAGCUUCACUCCGUCAGAUGCAACAUCUUGACAAACGUUAUCCUACUCAUCUGCAGGAUUCGGCGUCUCGUCACUUUACCGCGGAUCUCCUUAAAUAUUCCGGUACUUUAUCCGCGGGCGGCUAUCAGCCGGCAGCUGCCGCUGCUGCCGGCUUGGACUAUGAUCGUCUGAGGACGGCGACAGCUGCUACGCAAAACGGUACCACGUCGACCUGUUUGCCACCACUGCUGUUACCGCCACCUCCAUCGUUACCAGCUUCCGCGCAGCAAUCUUUGGCACGCACUUCCUUGGCUGGCUAUCCUGCGAGCAAUAGUCAAUGUGGCAGAAAUAGGAUGAUCCCGGAUGUCGUUGCUGCAGCGGCAGCUGCUGCGGUGGUUGCGGCAGCUUCCUUCGGCCGACAGCGUGGUACGCUACCAUCCUACGGAAGAACUGACACAGAAAUGGUACCUGGAGGAAUUGGCGGUGUCAUGGAUAAUGAAUCUUCGCAGCUGAUGACGAAUAGAGUGGCAAAUCGCGAACGUUUACCACAAGAACAGGUGCAAUCAGUCGGUGGCGUCAAUAUAGACUCGCGAUUGAAUAAUGGUAGUUACCGUCAAUUGCAAAAUUUAAUACUGGAUAGAUUACCUUACGUGAAAGCGGAUGAUACUUAUUCUCAAUCGUCUACAGCGAUGUAUGACGACAACGCACAGGAGUCGACAGUAGCAUCCUCAGUGCCUACGUACAAAUCCGCUACGAUAUUAGCGUCCAAUAACGCGUCCAAUAACACGUUGGUCGCCAAGGAACCCGUGCGGAAAGAGAAUCGUAACUGUGAAACGCCGCAUCUGGGUAAGGUGAAUCGUACUUUGGAAACUACGAAUAAUUUGGAGUGCUCUAAUUGUGGCCUCACCGGAUCCAUGUUCAAGUGCCUAGGUUGUGAAACAGCCUUCUACUGCGACGAAAGAUGCCAAACUCGUCACUGGAGUAUCCAUGUAGAGAAAUGCCCCAAGAAGAUGCCUAAGUUAAAAAAACUUGUCUGAAAAUUAUCGUAAAAACUACAAGGCAAUCGAUAAACAAAUUAAUAUCUGUAAAAUAUUAAUGA